GGAGCACCCUUUCGUUUUUGAAGACGGCGAUGUUCGAGCCAAAGCCAAGCACGGUGGACAAACAACCACUUUCAAAUUAUCUUCACAUGCGCUUUGCUUCGCCAGCCCAGUUCAGAAGAAAUUCGUCUUUCCUCCAUUUCCUCUCCUUUCCUCACUUCGAAAUGAAGAAGAGCAUAUACUACAAUAUGAUGAAAAGUCUAGCACUGCGACUAAACAUUGGCAAUGAUGGAAGGUUCUUGUUGAUGGAUGUGCCAGCUAUCAGCGUACAUGUCCCCUUAAACGGCAAACCCUCCCCGCUGGAUCUGGCAGGGAGUCCAUUACCUCUUGAAAUCACAGAUACAAUCAUUCGCUUGCGUAAGGAUAUGAUUCACUGCCUGAUAAAAUUUACGGCAAACUUCAUGGAAGAACUUUUGAACAGCAAUAUGCGCAGUCCAUGCAAAGAGUUAUGCCCGUUGGCCAUGUAUGGGCUUAUGACUAAACGUCUAAGGGAACGCAAUCUGUGGCCUCUACCAGGAACAAAGAACUACAGUUUGACUCCUUUCCAGGUGUAUAAAUCAAUCAAUCGUGUUCUACAAUGGAGUUUCGUUGCACACAGACCCAUGGCAAAGCUCCAUACUGGCAGCUGUUUCUUCACGGAUGAUUCGAAGGAGGAAGUCUUGCUUAAAUCCAGGCACACAAUUCGCAAAUGCGAUGUUCAAUGGAAUGAAGGAGAAACUGGCGGAAACUGGUUCCAAGACUUUAUGCAUUGCGCGGCAGAAGAUAUUGGUAACUCUGACUGUCCUAAGGAUCCUAUUUUAGGAGGAGCUCAGAAUAAAUUUAUGAUGGAAAUGUUGGAGCUAUGCUCGAUAAAAUUAUCUUGAUGAUUCAUCACGAUGUAGUUUAUUUUACUUUGCUUUGCAUUUCAUAUCCUCCUCAAUCACUAGUCAAAACGCCGGCUCUGUUACUCUCAUGCUCUGAGUGGUUGGCCGGCUGGCUCGCUUUUGAUUUCUUAUUAAUGGUUUCUAAGGAUUUCGAAAUGCAUUUGCUAGGGAAUUCGGAUUCAAGUAUCGCGAAGAAAUAAUUUCAUACGAAUCAAUGGGUGAUAGGAAACAUACAUGGCGCUUCUAGCAUAUAAGAGCAUGAGGAAGUCGAAUCUAGGUUAUAGGGGAAUCAUGAGGUUCAAACUAGCUUCUGAUGCAUCUAUGAUAUUCGUACACUUCAAAUAGAAAAAGUUU